AGGUACAACUAGUUAAUUAAACUGAUUACUUAACAAUAAAUUAGAUUACUUCGAAUAGUUUUGAGCAACCUUCAUCAAUACAUCGCAAACAUGACAAGAAGAACUUUUUUCCCAAGGGGAGGCAGGCGUCACGAGGAACGUUGCCCAAGGUUGGAAAAUAUGGUGUAUAGUGUUGAAACAUUUGAUCGAAAGAGAGACGCUGAAAUGAGAGCCAUCAAAGCAAGCCACAGAACAGACAUAGAAGAACUUAUGAGAACGCAUGUAAACAACAUUAAGAGCAUGCAAAACGAAAGUAUGGCUUGCUACAGAAGAGAUAUGGAAGGACUCAUGAAAAGGCAUGAAAACAAAAUCGAAGAAAUACGGAAAGAACAUACGGUCAGUAAAAGUUACAAUUCAAAAACAUAAAUGUGGUUUCUCUCGCAGCUUGUAGACAGGGGUGG